AUGCUUCCCAACGCCACUUCCUGCUCCUCUCAGUUUGUCGACUUGAGCACUCAAUACGAAGAAGAUGACAGAUGCCGCCACCACUGGAGGUUUAGCACGAAGAUUUUGGUCCCACAUAAAGGUUUACAAAGCUUGCACUUGGAGCUUUGUCAUGACACCCUACCAAUUAUUGGAACAAUUUCAAUGGAAUGGACCAGGUUUCUCUUCCCAACGAUUGCAGAUAGGAAGAUGAAAGCUUAUAAUAAUGCAUUUGAUGCAAGUUUAGAUAGUGUUAUAACUUGGUUUGAUAUUGCUGAGGUUUAUGGCUCGAGGAAUUUCCUGCAAGAUUUUAAGUCAGAGUUUAAUAUUUAUGAGGAUGUUAUGCUUCAAAAGAUCAAAGAUAGUUGUUCUUUGUUGUUACACAUCCAUUUGCUACUAGUGGAAUUGUUUUUUGUUCGGGGUUUCUUGCUGCUAAAACCAGCAGAUUGGGAUGAUGACAAAGAUGAUGUUCUGAAAACUGGGCUUCAUCAAGGUGAUUCUGUUUCUGCUUUGAUCGUGACCCAUACUGAUUACGUGGGUUUGGAUCCUAUUUGAUAUCCACUACCAAUUUUAACUAAACAUACAUAAAUCGACUAAAAGGCUGAGGUUGAACAAUUGUGAGCAUAAUGUCCGGUUCGUCCUCCGUCACCCUCCUUCUCCCUGUAUUUGCUUCCUCCUCCAACAUUCUGUUAUUCCACCAGGUAAUGUGUAGCUGUCAUUUCUUUAUAAGGGAACCCUAUUGUAUAUAUUCUUUUAGUGUUGGCGUAUUUUUGUGAAGUGAGGAUUUGAUAUGCGACCUGCUCUCUGAAAUAUUCAGAAAACAAAAUGAAUUUAUACGAUCCGUACAACUUUCUAUGGUCAGUAUUUUUUUAGUUCAACCCUUCACAUAGUUUGAGAAUUACAUAAUAAUUAAUAAUCAUGUUCAUAUUCAAGAAAAAUGGCAUAAACUUGCAGAAAAUCACAUGGCUAUAACGGGUACAAUACUCAUUCUUAAUGGCCAAAUCAUUUACAUAUCACCAUUUAUCAGUUCCUCCUUUUGUAUCCUGAUAACUUCUCCAUAACUGUGAAAUAGGUUUUUACAACCCAGUAGGUUAAUCUACAAAUUUUGUUUGGUUUUUUAUAACGACAGGGUUUUACUAUUUUCCGAUUCUUUAACAAAAUUUUUUUAAAACAUUCAUGAUCUUUGUUUUGCUUUUAUAGGACUAUAAUGUUUAUUUAUCUCUUUAUAGAGAUAAUGCUAAACCAAAGAACAACUAGAACAUAAACCCUCAUGUUCUUCACUUACUCUGUUACCUUCAUUCUUCUACCAUUUGUAAUUGUGCAAGUGAUAGAUUCCAUGUGGAGCUCAGAAGAAGAUUCACAGAGGACAGAGUAUGCACACUUUUAGCUAUAUCAUCUAAAAUAUGUGGUGUAACAUGUAGCAUUUUAUAUCCAGAUGUAGUUAAAAUAAAACACGAUGAAGACACCACAUUUUCAUAAAUAAAUCUUAAACUUUUGGCUCUGGAUAACUGCAUUCUUAGGUUGCUUUAUUUUCUCAUGCUCUUAGUAUGUGUAUGUAUGAAAUAUGAUAUCAAAUUCUG